UUUGAAAAUAAUGUCUCUGUUCGAAGAUAGAGAUGACACUUUCUGGUUUUGUUAUCGACUUUUUACAGGUGUAUCUCAUUAAUUGUGUGAUGUCGUCUGCUACGCACUGAUUUCAAGACUAUUUAGCGGGAAUAGUUCUGAAUAACAGGUAUUUCACUGUUAAACUUCAAAGGAUACAUACUUCGAACGAAUUUAAAGCAGUGGACAAUUUAGAGAAUUUGUGAGAGCCCGUGACUUUAAAAAAAUAACGACAUAGCCAAUGUAUACUUGUUUUAAAUUGAUUCGUCAUUGCAAUAAUAUGUUAUAAAAAAAAUGUUGAUGGAAUUCAAAAUAAUUGUAGGAUUGGUUCUUGGGAUUGAGUUCUGCACAGGAGUCUUUUUUAACAUAGCUGUUCUUCUUCUUCCCGCUCCUAAAUGGUCGAAAAACAUGACAACCGGAAACAACUUGAUAAGAAAUCUGCAUAUUUUUGAUUUGUCAAUUUGUUUAUUUUUAAUCCCGAUAACGUUUGCCGUAUUAAUGCAUUCGCCUCACGUCAAUGAAAUGUUGUGUUUUUUCCACGAAUCACUUAUUGCUUUCUCUGCUAGUGGAUUGUGUGUGAAUGUACUAUUUAUUAGUUUAGAGAGAUAUGGCUCGGUAGCAUCAUUAAUGUUUCAACCAGGGAAAAACCCGAAAGUAUUUGUCAUGAUCAUUUGGAUUGUGGCCACUGUUGGAUUUGUUCUACCGUGGAUCAAUCUAGCUUAUAAAAGUACCAAUAUCGCAGAAGUAAUAAAAGCGGAAGAAAACAAAAGUCUCAUAGAUUGUGAACACUUGAUAACAUCAUAUAAUGAGUAUAAUAUUUACGAAAUAUAUGCACUUGGAAUAUUCGGUCUAUCAUUUACAGGCAUAGUUUUUUGCUAUGUUGGAAUUUACAGAAUCGCUAAGAAGCGUUUAAAAUUAAAGGGAGACAAUGGAGGAACUUCGAAGUUGCAAUCAGUUUCGAAACAACAACAGGAAAAGAGGGCGUUCAAAGUUACCGUAUCCAUUGUUGGGUGUUUCUUGUUCUGUUGGACAUUAUUUAUAACAGUCAGUUUAAUAGAGAUGGUUGUCCCACCCAGUACUGCGGUGAAUGGUACUCACCUCGUUUCACUCACAGUCGUCUUUUUAUCCACCGUUAUUCAUCCUAUACUCUAUAGGUUCAUCCAUGGUGAUAUCAAACGCAUUUUUCAAAGGAGGACAGAUACGACUGAAAAUUCACUGUCAUUUACAAAAAGCAAUGCUGUGGGUCCAAAUACCAAACAAAAGACUUUGGUUGAAUCCAUAGGACCCGAUUCUAUGAUAAGUAAUCCAACGACAACUUACCACACGGAUAAGCCUCUUACAAUCGAAAAAAAUUCGUCACUGCAAGUACCAAAAGAACACAUUCCGUCAUUGAGGUCACAAUCAACAAAUAUUGGCGAAAAAGACACAAUAUUUAUCAGUUCAGCAUAAUUUUAAGUGUGAUUUGUUCUAUGUAAUUUUCUUUAUAAAAUUCUACAUCUUAA